AUGUCCUCAUCUUCAACAUCGGCUACGGCCAUGUGCUCCUCAUGGGCCGUGAUCCACAGGCACCCACACAUGGAGGCGUACAAGUACAUCAAGAACAUCGCUCACGCCGACUCGGCCCCGGACAGCCUGCACGCGCUGAGCGCGACUAUCUUCGCAGACAAAGACGUCACUGGAGCGCUUGGGAGUGAAGAUGGGAACGACUUUGCGGUAGAGCUUUUCGAGCUGCCUAAGGUGCCGCCGUGCCCAGCCGAAGUACCGCCCGCAGAGAAACGCGAGCGAUACGAGAAGGCGAUUUGCAGCCUGUACCUGAGGCGUGAAUGCACCCCAUUGAGCGUCGAAGGAUGGUCCGAAGGCACUGGGAAGACGAAAUGCGUGCUCGUCGUACUUUGCCCGCGGCCAGGCGUGCCCCUCUGUCCUGCAUGGGUCUCGUUUGAAUUACACAGAGAUAAAAUCGCCUCUGCUGCGCGGAAACGCAGGGACCCGUCGGUAGAAACAAGGCUCUCCCGGGUCGUCAAGUCGCAGCAACCGGACCGUAUCGACGCUGUCUACAACGGGCGGCCGUACGAGCUCGCGCCGCCCGAGUAUGUCACGGACUGCUGCCCCGCGUUCGCCACUUACGUCUCCAUCAUGGAAGGCGAGCAGCCCGAGUUCACGGCCGAGGAGCUACGCACCGCUCGCGACCUGGUGCUGGCGGGCAUGCGCCCUUCGGACGACCCGGUGAAAGCGCUGGCGGCGGCGAUGACGCUCGGAGUGCACAGGCAGGUCUUUGCUAGGCAUACGCUCCGCACCCAGCGCGCGUCAGCCGCGUUCACACCGGACGGCGUGGUGUUUGCAGGCAUGCCUGCACGGGACGGGUCGCAGCCGGUCAUGGGCAUCACAGAGGUCGCGACGAAGGCCAACUCGCGCGGGCAUCUCUUUGAGAUGCAGGGGCAGCUUGACUACCUCGCGUUUUACUGCUCUGAGGAGGCCGACGUGUACCGCAAGGUCUCGUACUGCCCGUGCCUCCUCAUAUCCGUCAUAGACACACUCCUCGUCGUGCAGGGCGCCGUGUUCACCGACCGCGUCGUCGCGGCGCAUCUCUCCGCCACCACCUUCGCGUCGAACAUCGCAUUCGGGAUGCCAGUGCUCCAGGGCUCGCUCGACCAGACCGUCUUCCGCAUUGGGCGUCUCUUCCGCGCCCUGCGCUCCACGCUUGCCGAGCUCGACGUGCACUACACUGCCGUCGCCCCAGCGUACAGGGACGCGAUCGCGGGCGAGCUGCAGGCUGAAACACGUCUGAGCGCUGCCGUUUCCCCAGCGCAGAUGGCGCGAACCACGACCCCGCUGUUCAAGUUUCCCCUCGGGGAGGGCGGGGAGGUGUUGUUGUGGUAUCUCAGGUCUAUCCGGCUCGCGGCGCUUCCUGACUCGCCCGUGCUGCUGCACGAAGCAUUCGCACGCCCCCCGGAAGGCGACCAAACCUCCGUGAUCGUGAUGUACACGCCGGCGUGCAUCCCGGAGGCGUUCAGGCUUCUCACGGACGAGGCCGUCGUUCCGGGUGCGCCACGGCUGUGGUACUCUGGGCGGGAGGAGGGCGUCGGGCACUGGGUGGUCGUGCUGGAGGAUCCGGCAGUGCUGAAUCGGUGCGCCUUAACCCUCUUGGACUAUGCAAGGCUGCUGGACCGCGCGCCGAAGCUGCGCGGGCGGGAGCUUUUGCUUGGAGAGAUGCGCGACCCGUAUGUGGCGGCGCAGGCGGAGGAUGGCGGGCUGCUGCUUGUCGAUUUCGAGUUGAGUGAGGAGGCGCGCCGGGUGCGAUAUCACUGGGAGAGUAAGGAAACUGCAGCGCAGUGA